GUCGCUUCUGCAACCAACAUAGCAUAUUUUUUUUACACUAUAUAUUGUAGAUAAAAUACACCAUUAUAUUGUUUUGGUGAAGGUUUUACACCAUGUGAAAAUAAAAUGAACUAAAAUACAUAAAAAUAAACAACAAAAUGUACCUAAUUGAAAUUUUUCAGUCGCCAUUUAAUUCUUAAAGAGCCCACAGCGUGUUUAAAUCAACAAAAAUGAGUUCCUUGAAUUUAAAUAAUUAUUUGAAGUGUUAUCGAAGAAGGAAAAACUUUUUAAAAAAAUUAAGAAAUAGUGUCCAACCAGUUAAUAACAUUCAGCAAAAUCAUCGAAACUUAUUCGGAAAUUGGUCAAACAUUAACUUUUAUAUUCGGCCAAAAAGCUCUAGAAAUUGUUCAUUAUCUGGAAAAAAUAUUAUUACAAAUGAACCCAAUAUUAUACCACAGUCAAAUGAAAUAUUAAUGAACUCAGUUUCGAAUGAUGUCGAUCUACCAAACGAAGGGGAGGUACUUCAAUUUUUAAAGUCCAAUUCAAAAGAAGCAAAUGUUUUGAAAUACUGCUUGGCAGGAGUUUCAAAUAUUAUCAACCAAAACAUGGCCAGCACCGAAGCAUCCAUCCAAGAAAUGAAAAACACUGUCGAAUACCUUGGUGGUGAAGUGUUUGCUCUACAACGAAUAAUUAAAUCAGAGCCAUUGACCAUAUCAAAGGUUAAAGAAGAGAAACGUUCCAUGGUUUUUAAUUCGGGAGCAGAGGAAUGGGUUGCAUCUGAAUAUUCUGAAGGCCUAUCAUUUCCAAGGUUACCAAUCACUUCCAUUGAUGUGUUGAAUCGCUUCAACGAGGAAUUGAGUGAAGAUGAUUACUUUCAAAAAGCUACAGAAUACAUUCUAUCAAAACUGAAGCUAGUCAAAAACACGACAAAACAAUUCACACGAAGAACGCAACUUAAAUCAAUGCUCUUUUCUGAGUCCCUCCUAAGAACGUGCUCUUGGAAAAUAGCCGUUGCUAAAAAACCUCACAAGUUUUUUAAGCUAAGCGCUGUCUUAUCCUUGUUUAUUAGUGUUGUUAACGCAAAUGUUGACCAAGAAAUUGAUUUAAACGGCACCCAAAAAUAUUUUCGUGAUUUGUUGAAGAGGAAACAGAACGUUGAACCGAAAGUAGCAAAAAAGAAGAAGUUAAAUACAAAUUUGGACAAAUAGGAUGAAGAACAGGAAGAGGAUCCGGAACCAGAAAAGGCCGAUGAAUAUGAAAAAUGAAAUUUAAAAAUGUAAAAAAUAUAUGGAAAAUAUAUGAAUUUAUAAUAAAUUUUUUUUUUUU